AUGCUUUUAACUCCUAACGCUCUAGGCCUCUAUAACUCAUCAAGCUUUCAUUCUACUCUCCCAUAUUGCAUUCCAGCCAUGUCCAUCCACAAUAAUUCUCUCCGUAUACUCAUCUGCCUCCUUUUACUUCCCUUCUCUACAAAUUCAAUUACUUUCAAUUUCUCCAGUUUCGAGCCUAACAUGAGAGAAAUUUUCUACCAAGGCGACGCUUUUGCAGCCAGCGGAGUAAUCCAGGUCACCAAGAAUCAACAGGACACUAAUCUCACCAGGAGCGUCGGCCGAGCCUCCUAUGCAGAGAGAAUAAGGCUCUGGGACUCCAAAACGGGGAAUAUCAAGAAUGGAGCUAAAGCGAAUGCUUGGGUGAGCUAUAAUUCUACGACUAAAAAUCUAAGCGUAUUUCUUACUUACGCUGAUAAGCCGGUUUUUAUGGGAAAUUCCAGCGUUUUCUACGUGGUUGAUCUGAGGAAGGUUUUGCCCGAGUGGGUUAGUAUUGGUUUUUCAGCUGCCACAAGCCAGAAGGUUGAAAUACACAACAUUCUCUCCUGGAACUUCACUUCAAAUUUGGAGAUACAUAGUUCUGAUUGGAAAAGGCAAACACAGUUGGUAGUUGGUCUGGCCGCCGGUUUUGGUGCCUUGAGUUGUGGGUUUGCUCUGUUUUUCUUCAUCAAGUGGAGAAAAAGGAUUGAUGAGAGGAAAAAGGACACUGCGGCGGAUAUUGCAAUAGAUGAUGAUGAUUUUGAGAAAGGAACAGGGCCUAGGCGAUUCACCUUUGAUGAACUCUCUCGUGCAACCAAAAAUUUUUCCGAGGAAGGGAAGCUUGGAGAGGGUGGAUUCGGGGGCGUUUACAAGGGUUUGCUAGGCGACACAAAUGCAGAAAUAGCGAGAUAUCAAAUCAAGCAACAUCAUGUUGGAUUCAAAUUAUAA